AUGCAAUUGAUCUCGCUGCUGAUAGUUUUGGUGUGGAGGAUGCUGCCAGGUGGCCUCCUGUGGCUUUUUCUCUCACUUGCCUGCCUCCUGCCCUUCACCAGGUCUCAGACAAAGAUACCACUCGAAACAGUGAAGUCCUGGGCUGAUGCCUUUGGUGGGGACUUAUAUUACAUAGUCACAAAGUAUUCUGGCUCUCUUUUAUUACAAAAGAAGUAUAAAGAUGUGGAACCAACUCUGAAGAUCAAAGAGGUGGAUGGCUUGGAGCUGGUGAAGAAGUUCUCUGAAGAGAUGCAAAGCAUGUUGGGGAGAAAAGUAGAAGCUGUUGAGCGUUUGGUUGAGGCAGCAGAAGAUGCAGAUCUGUAUCACGAGUUCAAUUCCUCAUUGGAUAUUAAUUAUUACAAUGCCGUUCUCAUUAACGAAAAGGAUGAUAAAGAUAAUUAUGUGGAGCUUGGUGAUGAAUUCAUUCUGGAACCAAAUGAGCACUUCAAUAACCUGCUGGUGAACACAACAUUAAGUGACAUACAGCUUCCAACUAAUGUUUACAACAAAGACCCUGAUAUUUUGAAUGGGGUUUAUAUGUCUGAAGCACUGAAUGCUGUUUUUGUGGACAAUUUUGAAAGAGAUCCAACUCUCACUUGGCAAUACUUUGGCAGCUCUACAGGAUUCUUCAGACUCUAUCCAGGAAUAAAAUGGACACCAGAUGAAAAUGGGGUCCUCUCCUUCGACUGCCGAAAUCGAGGCUGGUACAUCCAGGCUGCUACAUCACCCAAAGAUAUUGUCAUUGUGGUGGACAUCAGUGGGAGCAUGAAGGGUUUGCUCCUGUCUAUUGCCAAACACACCAUUGUCACAAUUUUGGACACGCUGGGAGAGAAUGACUUUGUUAAUAUUAUUGCCUACAAUGAUUAUGUUCAUUAUGUUGAAUCCUGUUUCAAGGGGAUCCUGGUUCAAGCAGACAGAGAUAACAGAGAGCACUUCAAGCAGCUGGUGGAUGAGUUGCAAGCAAAAGGAGUUGGGACAGUGAAUAAAGCCUUGACAGAAUCCUUCAGAAUCCUGAGGGAGUUCAGAAAUGCUGGUCAAGGAGGUCUUUGUAACCAAGCCAUCAUGCUGAUCACUGAUGGAGCUAUGGAAGAUUACGAAUAUGUCUUUGAAAAGUUCAACUGGCCCGAUCGUAAGGUACGGGUUUUUACAUAUCUUAUCGGGAGGGAAGUCAGCUUUGCACAGAAUGUGAAAUGGAUAGCAUGUAACAACAAAGGGUACUACACACAGAUAUCAACUUUGGCUGAUGUCCAGGAAAAUGUAAUGGAAUACUUGCAUGUACUCAGUCGACCAAUGGUUAUCAACCACGAUCAUGACAUCAUAUGGACUGAAGCCUACAUGGACAGUGCGCUCUUUGCAUCUCAAGCCCAAAGCCUCUUGCUCAUGACAACAGUGGCUAUGCCAGUUUUCAGCAAGAAGAAUGAAACGAGAUCUCAUGGCAUUCUCCUGGGUGUGGUAGGCUCAGAUGUUCCUUUGAGAGAACUCCUUAAGUUGGCUCCACGAUACAAGCUGGGUGUCCAUGGAUACGCCUUUCUGAACACGAACAAUGGCUACAUUUUGUCUCACCCGGACCUCCGGCCAUUGUAUAAAGAAGGGAAGAAGCUAAAGCCCAAACCAAACUACAACAGUGUUGAUCUUUCUGAGGUGGAAUGGGAAGACGUGGAUGAAACUCUACGAACAGCAAUGAUCAAUGGAGAAACAGGUGACCUCUCAAUGGAUGUGAAGGUGCCUGUAGAUAAAGGGAAACGGGUUCUCUUCCUCACUAAUGACUAUUUCUUUACUGAUAUCAGCGGCACACCCUUUAGUCUGGGAGUCGUUCUAUCGCGAGGGCAUGGUGAAUACAUCCUGCUUGGGGACACUUCAGUGGAAGAAGGUUUACAUGAUCUGCUGCAGCCAGACUUGACUUUAGCCAAUGAAUGGAUUUAUUGCAUUACAGAUAUUGAUCCAGAUCACAGGAAGCUGAGUCAGUUAGAAGCCGUGAUCCGUUUUCUCACAGGAGAAGAAGCUGACCUGGAAUGCGAUGAAGAAUUAGUUCAAGAGGUGCUGUUUGAUGCUGUAGUAACAGCACCCAUGGAAGCCUACUGGACAACAUUAGCACUCAACCUGUCUGAUGAGGCUGAAGGAGGGGUGGAUAUGGCCUUUAUGGGAACUCGGGCUGGUCUUAUGAGGAGUGCUCUCUAUGUUGGAACUGAGAAACUUUCUAACAGGAAGUUCUUGACCCGUGAAGAUAAGGAGAGCAUCUUCACCAUGGACCACUUCCCACUUUGGUACCGCCGAGCAGCUGAACAUCCCCCAGGAAGCUUCAUUUAUAGCAUUCCUUUUGAAGACCCUUCAGAAGGAGGUCUGCCUGAGGCGGUAACUGUGAGCACUUCUGUGGCUGUGACUGUAGGUGGGAAGACGGCAAUUGCUGCAGCUGUGGGUGUGCAAAUUAAACUAGAAUUUCUUCAGCGUAAGUUUUGGAUGGCUACACAGCAGCCCAAUGACACUGAUUGCAGUGAUGUGGAUGGUCUGUGUCCUUUGAACUGUCAGAAUGACAAUCUGAACUGCUUUCUCAUCGAUAAUAAUGGAUUCAUACUUGUUUCCAAAGCCUCCAAACAGACCAGCAAAUUUUUGGGAGAAGUGGAUGGCUCUGUUAUGACCCAGCUUAUAAGCAUGGGAAUGUUCAAACAGGUGAAAAUGUACGAUUACCAAGCCAUGUGUAAAAUGCCCCACCACCACCAUAGUGGUGCGCGCCCUCUUCUCAGUCCAGUUUAUGCCUUAUUGGGAGCACUAAAGUGGCUGAUAACUGACUUCCUCAUAUUCUUUCUGGAGUUCAACAUAUCUGGCUUCUGGCACACAGACAAUUUGGCAGAUGCCAAGGCUGUUUUCCAUCAUGCUCACAAGCACAAGAAGCACGACAUGCUACAGCCAUGUGACACAGAAUACCCAGUGUUUGUAUAUGAACCUGCCAUCAAAGAGACCAAUGGGAUUAUUGAAUGCGGAGACUGUCAGAAGAUGUUUGUGGUGCAGCAAAUUACCAACAGCAAUCUCUUGCUCCUGGUUGUGGAUGCUGUAUGUGACUGCAGCAACUUUCCACCUGUCCUACUGCAACCUAAAGAAGUGAAAUAUAAUGCGUCAGUGAAAUGUGACAGGAUGCGCUCCCAGAAGCUGAGGCGGCGACCAGAUACCUGCCAUGCAUUCCAUCCUGAGGAAAACGCCCAGGACUGUGGAGGAGCGGCAGAGAUUUCUGCCUCAUUAGCCCUGCUCUUCCUUCCUCUGGGAACCACAGCUGUUCUCUUGCGGUGACAAGGCCCAUCAAAGUCCUUAUUUUGGACCAGAAAGGCAAAUGCUCUAUUUUGAGGACCAUGCUACUUGGGCACUUAAGACAACUGCUGCAUGCCAGAGCAUGUGGACAAUGCCACAGAGGCUCAGGAACUUCUUCGGCUGCAUCCCCCAAGGAACUUGCUAGCUGUGCUGUGUUUGGAAGUGGGGCUUCCUUUCUUCAAGGAGCUUGCAACUGAGGGUGGGGCACCUAUGGCUCUGGACCAACAGGCUCACCAAGCUGUGUGAUCUCACAGCUUACCCUCCCUGCCUUAGCAGCAUGGAAAAGUUUACACUGGUGGGGGAAAGGCCUGGAACAGUGGAUGGCAUUUGCCAAAUGGAUGGACUUAACCUAUAACUUACCCUAGCUGCAAAAUGGGAACAGUCAGUACUAUCUGCUAAAGAGAAGCAUCUCAUAAUCCCCUUUUAACUUAACAGACACCUGGGCAGCUCUGCAGGAGAGGCAGGAAUAUCACCUUCUUAAAAAACAUAAUGGUCAUCAACAGAGAUUCAUUUCUAUUGUCAAGGAACUGGAGAACAAUAUUGCCAAGCCAGGCUUUGGCAGGGAUUCCUGUAUCCGGCAAGGAGUUCCUGCAACUCUGCCUACUGCAGACAUUUAAGCUCUUCUAAGGCUACACAGAGCUUUCGUCUAAAAUAGCUGAUUCAGACAAUGAUUAGAUUUAUCAGCUUGAUGUGAAAAUAGCUCCAUGUGUUCUAUUUCAAGAGGCAUGAUGCAUUAUGGGAAGUGGUUGCAGGUUGAGAAUUUCAUCUGAAAACUUGGAUGGCUACUACCAGCCAGUGUAGACAGUACUGAGCUAAAAGGAAUAAUGUUUCUACCUAUGUUUCUGUGUUAUUAAGGCAAACUUAAACUCUAGCCUUAGAAAUAUUCCUUCUGUCCACACCUCUCAAGUUCCCUCAGCUUCACAUCGCUGGACAAGGAGUUUAGCCAUAACUCCCUUGCAUAGGUUACAAAAUUACAUAGGUUACAAAAUUAAACAUGGCGAGGCUAAGUGUGCACAUUAGCUUUGUUAGACGCAAAUGUUUAAAAGCAGACACUUUUGGGAAGUCUACAGAUGCACAGGAAAUAUGACUGUCACCUUCCAGUUCCUACUGUAUGCUGCAAUAUUAUUUUGCCAGACAUGCUGACGGCUUCAUGGAUGCACCAGCUGUAUAAUACAAUCUUUAUCAGUUUUCAGGGAAGAAAGUAACCCCUCAGAGCUGUGCUAAUACAAUGUGAAAUUUCUCUCAACUUUUGAAAGCCAUUUUGCCUUAUGAACGAAACUAUGGGCAAAAUUUUCACCACACCAAGUUUUUGUUUCUAGAUCCCAGUAGUUUAUGUGCCAGGCGUGGGCUGAUGGUUGGAUAGCCAAGACCUUAAGACCUCAGAAAUGGAGAAAGCAAGCAAAGGAAGGAAGCCAUAUUACAGGACUGCUGGUAUGUAUUUCCUUGACAUGACUAGCAUUUCAAUAAGAAAGUCCUACUCUCAAAUCCCCAAGAGAGAUUUGUGACAGUACAGAAGUUGUUGAACUUUUGCUUUUGUUUUUGUAAUAUGUGUUUGACAUUUGGCCUCUUUUUAAAAUAUGACAUUUUCAUUAUA